AGUCUAACACGAACUGUCAUUUAUAUGAGUAACCAAGUUACAUAUUUGUUGUAAUCAUACUUUUAUGUACUAAAUUAAGUAUUAAAUAGCAAAAAUAAAAAAUUAUAGUGUCCUGUGUUCACAAGGUAAACUUAAUGAUGGCUUAUGGUAGCAACAAACGAAUAAUUUGGGUUUACUCCAAGCCGUGCUGGUUAUGACUUAGGCCAUGCAAUAAAAAUGGAUGUUGUUAACAUGGACGAAGGUCGAUAUGAGCAGAGGGAGAGUCUGCCAGGAAGUAGUGCUGAAAGUGAUGCCUCGAGCAGUCUCUUCGAAAGUAAUGACAGUAGUGAACAAACAAGCGAUAUUGAAAGAGCAUCUGAUGAUGAAGAAGAUUUGAAAGAAGAUAUACAAAAAAAUAUAGCUAAUUAUUAUAAGUCUGAUUCAAAUUGUACAUCACAUAAUUCUAAUGACAUCACAAAUGACGAAGAGUUUCAAGCAACAGCUCUUUGUCAGUUUAUGGAUAUAUUAAAUGACUUAGAUGAAGUACUUGAUAAGUCACUGUUGGCUUGCUUAGAUGAUGGUACAAAAUCUCUGGAUAGUGAUGAUGAUGAUCUCAUUUGUGAAAUAAAAAGUGGUGUUAACACUACUGAAAUUAGGUCUGACCAUUCAGAUUCCCAAAGUUCAGUAGAUGACACCACUCAAGUGGUAAUGUACCAUGCUAAUGCUCAAACUUCAGCUCCCUCAAUGGAAGAAUUAGAAAUAUUGCAAAGUAAUCUAUCACCAAAACCAAAUUUAGUACGUUCAAAGAGUUACUCGGAACUUCCAAGAGGUAGCAGGCAAAUUUCGGCAUUGUCUUUAGAGAGAGCUGGUACAAUUAGUGACUGUUUACGAAAUUCGAUGAGAAGAUUAGAUCCUAUUGUAUUGCCAGCAAUUCCCACACAAGAAACAUCCUGUGAACCUCUUACUUUACCUGUUAUAUUGUUUCUUGAGCAUCAUGUUAAUAUGCGACCUACUAGUGCACCUAUACAGCUCCAAGUUACAGCCGCUAAUCUAAGCAGUGAUGGAUCAUCAGGGCCACUUAUAGUGGGUCGUCGGACAUUGUUGAUGAAUAGAGCGUUAUCUUUACCUUCAGCUGGUGAAAGUGAUGCUACAGCCGUAGAUUGGACAGAUCGGAAUACAAAUAGAAAUGUAGGAAGAAGUGUAAGUGCCUCCAGUUCUUCGAGUGAAUCAUUGAUUCGUCUAGCACAUAUAAAUCCAAGUGAAAAUAAUGCUUCGGAAGACAGAAAUGAAGAGACUGAUUUACCCCCUUUUGGCGUUUGGCCACACAGAAUGAGUGCAAUGCUAGCAUGCCUCAGUUGUACCGUAGGAAUAUUCAACAUCUCUAGAUUUGCCAUACUAAGCGUACAUUUUGGAGCUAGUUUUAUAGUUCAGUUCUUCAUUCUAUCUCUUCUGGUUGGAAUACCGCUUUUUACUCUACAUUUAUGUUUGGGGCAAGUGCUCGGAUCUGGACCUGUGGAUAUGUGGCGAAUCUCGCCGAUAUUCCAAGGUGUCGGCAUAACAUUGUUGUUAAUACAAGCCGUGAUUGGUAUUUACAGUAUAAUCGGCCUAUCGUGGAUAUUCGUGUAUUUCAGAGAUUCGUUUAUAACGUCUGACGAUAGAUACAAGUGGGCACUGCCGCAUGAGUUUAAUUUCGAUGAUGUUAUUCAAAAAAAUACUACAAUUAAAAUACAAGAGACACUGCCGCAAUAUUUCCACGGAGAGGUGCUUCAACGUAACUUAAGUACAAACGGCUUUGGCUCAAUAAAGUUUCAAGUGGCGUUCAACUUAGCCGUAGUUUGGAUGAUUGUCUUCGUCUCACUUAACAAAGGAUUGAGGUCAUACGGCAAGGUUAUCUACAUGCUCAUAUUCCUGCCUAUCUGUGGUACUUUAGUACUCUGUACAAAACUUUUGACUCUUAUACCGUAUGAUUCAGUAACGAACAUAUUCUCUGAGACCGAGUGGAGUGAAUUUUUUAUAAAUAGCAAUAGCUGGGCAGCCGCAGCUCAAGAGACAUUUCUCACAUGGGGUCUUCUGGGCCCUUGCAUAAUGCAGCUAACAUCACAUAAAGAUCCGAAAAAUAAAACGAACAUAAUGCUGCAGAAAGAAAGCGGCUGUAUAGUGGCCUUUACAUUUGCAGUGUUAUUACUCGGCUCCUUCUUAGCCAAUACAUGCGUGCAGAUUCUGAAGAAUCAUGGCUACAUUUUUAUACCAAGCAGUUUUGAAACAAUAAAGUCAUCACAAUUUCUAUGGCCAGCUUCAGAGCCGUUACCCGGCAACACAGUGUCGACUCCGGUUCGAUACAUGGGUCAUUACGGCAGUUUAGUCGGUCUGACAGUGUGGAGAACUGGUAAUCCUGCAAGGGUGCUAAGUGGCUGGCAACCCUUACAACUUGCUACGCAAAUAGUGCCCGCUACUUUAGCCGUUUUGCCUGCUAAUGUUCUAUCGCCGGCGUGGGCAGUGAUAUUCUACUUCAUCCUGAUAAUGUUCGGCAUCGCGCAGCAGCUGGCGAUCUGGCACUGCGUGGUGACGGGCGUCAUGGCCAUCAACGCGCGGGCGCUGCGCGUGUGGGAGACCACCAUCACGUUCUUCAGCUGCGUGGUCGGGCUCGCCGUGGGGCUGCUCCUGUCUACUGAUGCGGGCAUCCGCGUGGUGCACUUCGUGGACUACACGUGGGCGGGCGCGUGGUGGCAGGGCGCGGCGCAGGUGUCGCUGGCGGUGGGCGUGUUCGUGGUGCGCGGGCGGCCCUACGCGCCCGACGCGGUGGUGGCGGCGCUGUUCGGCGCGGGCGCGCGCGCCUCGGCCGCGCUGGCCGCGCUGCUCAGCUUCACGUGGACCGUGGUGCUGCCCGUGCUGCUCUGCGCUCUAUGUGUGAUGGAUUUCCGCGUCGGCCAACAGCGCCAGUUGUAUAGUUGGAGGAAGCCUAUAGGAUACUUCCCGAUAUGGGCGAGACAAGUGGCAGUGUUUAUGCAACAGGGAGCCUUAUUGCUGGUGCCGCUGGUCGCAUUCGUUCAGACCUGGCGCUAUAUAACCAAAGGUCCGCCGGAUAUACUCGAGCGCGUGCAGAACCUGUACCGGCCGCGCAUGGAGGGCGCGCCGUCGCCGCCGCGCUCGCCGCCGCCCGCGCCGCGCGCGCCCGACCCGCCGCCCAAGUACACGCCGCCGCCCUCCUACUCCACCGCCACGGGCGCGCGCCUGCUGUCCACGCUGCGCCGCAGCUUCCGCACGCUCCGCAGAAUAACCUCAAAUCGCGCUGACACUGAAGACGUAUCUCAGAUUCCAAUCACGCUGAGUGAAAGCGUCGAUCGACAGCCUCAACCGCAGCCUCCACAAUACGACUUUACACCGACAAUCACCCUUACCGACGAAACCGAUGGAAGUCGCCCAACGCACUCAAACAGACCGACAUCUUCCCGUCAUUCCCUCACGCUGACCCGCGAUUAUUUGCGUAGAUCAUUCGUCAGGAAGAGCGAUUCGGCUAAGAGUAUCCGAUCUAGUUUGCGUCGGAGUUUCAAGUACGGGGGACCGUUGACGACCAGCCACGAGCAGUUGGUGAGAGACGUCGAACCAAUAUCCAAUACCGUGGCAAUGUCCGCGAUGUUAGGAGACGAUAUUACCCACACUCGAAGUCUCGGCUCAGUUAUUUGAUUUGAACUAAACCGCCUACAUAAUAUAGGACAACAAAUUUAAUACUAACAAUAAUUUUACAGUUAAACUUUUAUUGAAUAAUAAUUUUAGUGAUAUUUUUGUAACGCAACGAAAUCAGUUGUAUUUUAUAAAGAUGUUUAAAAAUUCGUUUUAUCGAUAGAUCGGUUAGAUUACUGUUUUUACAAUUUAGGUAGUAAUCGUAUUUUGUUUAAGAUCGGAAACGUAACAAAAGUGAUUAUAAUCUCAUGAGGCAUGUGUAGUUAUAGGUAUUUUAAAUUAAAUUGUUAUUAAAAUCUUAAUUUUAAUUCGACUUGAGUUGAAAAAUGAACUCGCAUUAAAUGUUCAACAUGUUACAGUACAUCACUAUUAAAAGAGUAUUUUUGUGUAUAAAAAUUCCAAACAAAGUAAUUAAGAAACGUCAUAACGAAUAUUGUUCAAUGGUUCCCAAACUUUAGUUUUAAAACCACAAAGUUAAUUAUUAAUAUACGAAUAAUAAUUAUUAACACAGUAUUGAUUGAGAGAAUCUCACAAUGUUUUACAAUGAGCGAUGGAUGUUGUACAAUUAAUAGGUACUUAAUAAUAUGAGAGCUUAAAAAAUAAAAAGUGCUACUAAAUUAAAAUGGCAUUUUUAUACAAUAGAUUUUGUAAUGUAGCAAUGGUACAAUGUAGAUUAGGUUCAUUGUAUCGUUAAAGUAUGUUAAUGCAUUUUUAUAUAAAUAAUGUUAUAUUUGAACGUGGUAUUGAUUAUGUUGAGUGGAAGCGUUUUUAAGGGAACAGUUGCAAUAUGGAAACAAUAAAUUAAAUCAGAAUACAAUAAUUUUCAUGAACUUAUACAAAAUAGUAACGUCGAUAUUUUUCGAUAUAAUUAACUAUGUUGCAACGUUUUUUUAUAUAUUUUAAGGAAAUAUCAAAAUAAUUAAGUAUGUACUUAGUACGUUUUUACAAAGAAUAGUUGUGAGUAAUUGAAUUAGUAUUUUUUUAAUUUAAUUUUCUAUUUUUUAUUCAUCACAGCAGAUUUGAUAAGCUGUCUUUAGGAUAUCAGCCUGAAAGAAGAUAAAAUAUGUUUCACGAAUGUGUAUUUAUUAUGCCGAAUGUAUUCACAACUUAAUAAAAAAUCUUAAUUGUACAAAGUAAUAGUUAUAAGCGAUACAGUUAUUGAAUUAUUAAGACAACAAAAUUAUAUCAAAUACUUCAUAUAAAUUCCGUUUUUAUAAGUUUGCGAUGUAUGAAUUAGUUAUGAAAUUUUUUUAUUAUGUUAAACUAUAUUUUAAAUGUAAAUAACUAACAUUUAAGCAUUAAUGUUGUGGACACUAUAGAAUUCCCUGUAGUGUCAGAAAUAAGGAGGUCAAGUAAUGAAUGUUUUCUUUUCACAUCACAUAGAAACUAGAACUGCCAGCUUAGUCAAAAUCAUAUUAAUUAAGUUAUUGUUUUAAUGACUCUAUUUUGGAAAAGUUUUUUUAAUAAUAUAAAAAUAAUAAAAGAGUACUUUAAAUAAUUAAGCUUACCAAGUAUAUCACCACGCAAUCCAAAGUUAAGCUUAUAUUUUUAAUUUAGUUCCUUUCUUGCAUUUACAAUAGUUGAUGUAAAUCCUUUAAUAAUUUUAGUUCUAGUCAUAUCACGGCUUCCACAAAUUUAUCGCAUCCUUACAUCACACUUUUUAAAGAUAGCGCACAUUUUAAUAUGACAUUGGAGUUUCUUUUUUUUUAAUGUAUUUUAUUUCUACAUUCCACGAAUAAUUUCAACAUUUAAUACAUAGUUAAUA